AUGAAACAGCGUGUUUACGUGGAGGAAUUGCAGUUCUUUAAAAUACCUGCUAGAAGCUCUCCUUUGGAAACGAACAUGGAAAACCUUUGCGAAUUCUUCAGAAAUAUUAUUGGAAUUCAAGAUAAAGAAGAGGCUUGGUGGGAAGUAAAUCAAAAAAAAAAAUUGGAUACAAAAAUCUCCUUUAUGAAAUCAUAUCCUUCGUGUAAGCAAUAUGUGACAUCUCUCCAAAAUUUGCAAGCCCGUGUAAAUGCAUUAAAUUCUUCAAGUCCUUGGGCAGAACAAUUUAAAUAUCUUAAUGCGUCUAAAAUGAGGGAUCAUUUACUUUUGUGUACCAGUAUCUUAGAUAAGAUGGCAAGCGAUGCACGUGAAUUGAGUUAAAGUGUGAACGAUCAAAACGAAUAUCAUAACUUAAUGACACAAAUUGACACGAAUGUGGAUGCCAUUAAAAAUGCUUUAUCUGGAUUUUCGAUUUCCCUGCUACAGUAUCUGUCACGAUUUCCGUUUAAAAUGUGUACCGUGACUUUAAUAAACAAUUUAAAUUAA